UUUUCGUAAGCGCCAUUGGGUUGUUGCGCAAGUUCAAAGCUAGUCAUUUGCACGACGCGUAACCGGCAGUGUCAACGUGUAUUGUGAACGUAGUUUUUUAAUGGAAAAAGUAGUUUUGAGAUCAUAAAAUGAGUGCCAGGACCAACAAAAUACUGCAACUAUGCACUGAAGCUUCAAGAAAACCUUUAUUACAAGCUCUCGAACAUGACUUUAUUUUUGUAGAUGACUUGAUACCUGAAAAUUUGACUAGCGAUGUGUUACUUAGCGAAGUAGCAGAUACUAUUCCUCAAGUCUCUGAACAUGAUCUAGUGGGUAUGAAUCCACAAGAAGAACAUUAUACCUAUACCGACCAAAGUCUUCAAGUUUUAGAAAUCGGUGUUGUAACGGACACUCAUAAUGAUAAAUUAUCUACCGUUAACCCAAAUGAUACAAAUUCUUCGCCUUCUGCUGCUGCGAUUCAUAAUCAAAAAUUAUGUUCCCCCUCUGCUGCCCCAAGCACAAAUGUAUCAUCUUCAUCCAGUGCGUUUGAAACAUCAAUAGAAACAGGAAAAAGGGGAAAGAGAAGAAGGAAGGUGUUAUCUGAAAAGACCCAAAAUAAAAAAAAUAGAAACAAAGGUGCCCCAUACACCAAUUAUAAAGGAGUAACAAAGGAUGCUAGACAAGUAAAAUGUAAUCCAUGCAAAGUCCGUAAAGAUCGGUGCAGGAACAAGUGCAAUGAGUUUUCCGAAGUAGAACGUCAAGAAAUUUUUGACAAUUUUUGGAUGAUUGGCGAUCACGAUAAACAAUUGUCGUUUAUAAAUGGAUGCGUAGGAAUAAAAUCUGUGAAACGCAAAAGAACCAAAAAAGAAAAUUCUCGGCGUAAUUCGACAUUUGAACAUUUUUUAACUAAACGUGACGGUAUCCAGUAUAAAGUCUGCCAACAUUUCUUUAUAAAUACUCUAGACAUAACACAAAGAGUUAUAAGAACGGCAGUAAAAGGAAAAGUAGCGGACUUCAGCGACCAACGGGGAAAGCACGAACCCAAACAUAAAAUCACUAACACGCAAAGAAAUAAUUUAAGAAAGUUUAUUAAUUCAUUACCAGCAGUCCCCUCUCAUUAUUGUAGAGGUUCUACGACAAAACUUUAUUUACCUGCCGAUAUUAGAUCCUUUACCAACUUGUACAAUUUGUAUUCUAGUCACGUACGGAAAGAAGAAGCUGAGCCUGUAGCAUACACUACUUUCAAGAGAACUAUACACAAGGAAUAUAAUAUUGGCAUUCACGUUCCCAGGAAAGACAAGUGUGUGAAAUGCCUAAAAUAUUCUCAGCUUUCCGAAGCGCAAAAAACAGAAAAACUUAAACAAGGGUAUGGAUCAGCACAUUAA